AUGUCAGACUGGAGCUGCACCCCGCUCUUCCCACCCGACGAAGAGUUCUGCCCUGGCCCCACCGCCGGCAAACGCCGGCACAGCGUGCAAGAGGCUAUGGCCUACGUGCACGAUACGCUGUUCGAGCUUUUGCGUGACUCGCCGCGCGCCGUGGCCGCUACAACGUCGACGUCCAGCAUCUUCGAGACCAUGUUUUCGAUGCGGCCGGCGGCCUCACCACCUCCGUCGCCAACCAAUACGCUGCCAGCGCCCUCUUCGCUACAGGUGCAAGGCACCACCGAUUCGACCGCAGCCGCAGAGGUAAGCCUGGAGUCGACGCAGGAGCAGACCACCCUGGACUCGGCACCAGAGAGUCUGAACCCGCGCGUGGACGCGCGGCGGUACCUCGUGAGCGACGAGCUGUGCGUCAUCUACGAACACAUCGAAUCACGCUGGGCCGAGGUCUGCGCCAAGCUGCGGGCGGAUCUCAACGGCAGAUACAACCAGUUCCUCGCCGACUGCCGCAGCUGCUUGGAGAGCGAGUCCGGCGGUUGCGAGCGCGACCAGCUGCGCCACGAGAUGGCCGAUGCACGACGUGAUCUUAUCGCCGAGAUGAAGGAGGUCUUCCGGUCCACCUGUGACGAAUUCGACGAGUGGCGCAUGCACUAUCUGGAGCGCGAGCUCGAGCUGUCGUGCUCGGCGCUGCAAGAUGGCGACCGCUUCCGUGUGAUGUCGGCUGUACUGCGCUUCGAGAUCCUGGAAGGCCUGCCAGAGCUCGAGAAGCGCACAAGGGAGAGGGCAGCCGCACUCUGGAAGGAGCUCACUGAGGAGCAGUGGACAGACGUCGACGUACUCUUCGACGCCUAGCGCACCUAUAUCGCGUGACUUGAAAAAUGCAGUUUUUUUUGCUGCCU